AUGGAAAGAGAAAUACAUGGAUCUGACUUUGAGAUUGCAUACGUUUCCCCGGUGCUUGAAGAAGAUGGCAAUAGGCUCGGAAUAAGAUCUCCAAAUGGCCGAAAAAGACGGAGCUAUGGCUCUAGUGAGCCCGUUUCCUCGAUCGAUCCAGACGGCUUCACCAACGAAGAUUUUCGGGUGGGUGGUCCGUACCUCUGCACUUUGCCGGCUCAUACACUAGUUGUUUCGGCGGAGGAUCCUGCUUUCAAAGCCAUGCAAGACGGUAGUAUCCUCAUGAAGGUGCAGGAAAUUAUGUCUGAAUUUCUUGGUACCCCGGGAGGUAGUGUUUUUACGAGUUCGCUCUUCGGAAGAAAGUCUUCCGUCGGCGCUCAGUGCGUUCAAAUUGCAACAAUCCUCGUUUUCACGGAGCGCUACAAACUGGAUGAUAAAUGGCUCAACACUUCAAAGUUUGUCUGGAAAUACUUGCAGUCGGUUAGUCUUGAACACGUCACUGUUGAAAUUAUCGAUCAAAGUAGGCUGGACGAUGGCCUUGCAACGUCUCUUAUUCUUAGAGAGGAUACGAUUUUUGACUUAUGGGUAGCUGUAUUCGGAGCCAUCAAAGCAAGUGUUGACUUAGCAGAUGUUCAGACAAUUGCAUGUCUUCGUCGAGGAUUUUCAAACAGCUUCCCAGCUGUUUUGGUCACUAUCAAUAGAAAUAGUCAGAGAAGUUGGACGGGGUUUUGUGAAAGGAUCGUCUCUAUCCUCGGCCAGUAUAACCUCGGAAUGAUAGUUGUUGAGAUCGGGAAGGACGAAAUUUAUCGCGGAAUGAACAACAUGCCUUUUGAAAUGGAAACAAGCAUCAGCCAAGAAGAUUUUGAAGGACCCCACAAGCCAGGCAAAAGCUUGGCACCAAAAUCAAAUGAACAUGGUUCCGAAAGCCUCGGGGGAUUUUUGAAACUGAAAUUUCAGAAUGAUGUAUGGCAUCAGUUCGCCGUGACAUGCUUCCACUGCAUAAUCCCCUCUGGCUCUAACAGCCAACAACCAAAAGACCGCAAGCUCAAUUUAACUUGGUGCUUCUUUAUAUAA